AUGCACUUGAAAGAGAGAGGAGGAUCUUUUUAUUUGUCAAAAGUAGCCGAAGGUAGUGGUUUCAAGAUGUUGAUGCCAAAACAAAAUCGUGUUGCUAUUUACGAGUACCUCUUCAAAGAGGGUGUCAUGGUAGCCAAGAAAGAUUACCAUGCACCUAAACAUCCCGACUUGGAAAAAAUUCCUAACCUUCAGGUUAUCAAAGCUAUGCAAUCAUUAAAAUCCAGAGGUUAUGUCAAAGAACAGUUUGCCUGGAGACAUUUCUACUGGUACCUAACAAAUGAAGGUAUUGAGUACCUUAGAAUUUUCCUCCAUCUACCACCUGAAAUUGUACCAGCAACUCUGAAACGAUCAGUGAGGACUGAAACAGUCCGCCGUGGAGCUGUAGGCCGCCCAGAUGCUCCUGCACGCUCUAAUGAAGACAGAUCAGCCUACCGUCGUGCUCCAACAACACCUGGUGCUCCUCAUGACAAGAAGGCUGAUGUUGGUCCUGGUUCAGCUGAUGUUGAAUUUAGAGGCGGAUAUGGACGUGGCAGGCCUGCACCUUAA